GGGGCGAGGCGGGCGCGCGGCGGAGGAUGCUGAGCCGCCUGCAGGAGCUGCGCAAGGAGGAGGAGACGCUGCUGCGGGUGAAGGCGGCGCUGCACGACCAGCUCACGCGCCUCAAGGUGGAAGAGCUGGCGCUGCAGUCUAUGAUCAGGUCCAGAGAGGAGAACGUUACCGUCUCUUCAUCAGCUGUCGCAGAGGAGACUCACAAAACUCUUGGGCAGAUGGACAACGAGGCUGCUAUCAAUCAAACUGAAUUACACCUAAGUCUUCAAGAUGAUGAAGAGGAGGAGGAGGAAGAGGAGGAGGAGGAAUCCGAUUCUUGAGAGAAAAAAAAAAAAGAGAUGGUUUUUAAUACAGGCUCAGGAAUUUCUUCUUCAUUCAUAUAAAAUUCACUUUUUUCAUUUUGUCCUGUAUAUGGAUAAGAACUAUACGAUACACCAGACUCGUGGAGUCUAGGGAAGUUACCCUUGAACACAUGAGUGUCACAAGCUUGGCACAUCUUGACUUAGAUUUUAAAAUGAAAAUUUGCUGCACAAAUAUGUAGCAUAAUCUGUUCCAUAUUUAAAACCUACUGUAGCUUACUACAUCUUUAUAUGCAGAUAGAAGAAGUCAUUAAUCAAGUCAGACUAAUUCAACAUGUACACUAAAAGCAAUAAUUUGUCUGUUCUUAUUUCCUGAUGCUGAAAAAUAAAACCAGGCCAUGGAGGCUGGUUGCUGAACCAAUGAUUAUAUUAUAACCUCAUUUGCUUAAACUGCAAAUUUUAAGACACGCGGUGAGAAAAGAUGUGUCCAGGCUUUCAGCUGCUGUGUUCUCAGUUAUGCAGAAAACUGGACUUACACUCCCUAUAAAUGUGAUAGAGAUGUCGGUGUUCUUACACUGGGGGAAGCAGGUACUGCACCGUCAACCUAAUUCUGAGCACGGUGAUGAGGUGGCCUCUCUCUGUACCUACUGGUGCUCUUCUUAAGUACUGUCAGUCUGACUGUAACAGUGAAGUAUUUUCUACUUCUUGCUCUUUCAGAGUAGCAGCCAAUUAGCCUUUCAUUUGUGCACAAAUUGUAUGGUAAGAAUUGGUCCCUGUUACCUUUAAUAAGGAACUAAUAUUUUAAAAUUAGUGUUAUUUUCUUUUUGCCCUCACAGUAACUUCAUAAAUCAAUGCAAGUCCGCUUUCUGCUUUCAAGUGAGCUUCAAGGAGGAGUAUGAGGAGUUUAACAACUUAGUUGUAAAGUGAUGUGAAGUCCCCUCCACAGUUUCAUUAAUGGUAUGGUAACAAGCUAGUGCUGCUCUUGCCGAUAGACAAUAUUUUCUUUCUCCUUGUGGAGUGCAGACACCAUGUGGUGCAGCUGGUUAUUUUAUCAAUUCUUAAAGACUUGCUUUAAAUCAUAGAAACCCAAACUCUGUUAAGCUGAUUAAAAACAGACAAUAAAAGUAAUAUUCUAACUUUGUCAACUGUCUUCCUAGGAAAAUAGUCAGUUAUAUCCAGGGUUGUUCAUUGCACAACUAGUGUCUAAAGGUGCUGUCUCUGGCAUCACUUGGAAAAAAUGGAAUAAACACUCUUCUGAAAUUUCAUUUUAAGAGCAGGUAAGAAAUGUGGAAAAGUGUCCCAUGUCCUGGGCAUGAUCAGAACAUUAGUCAGUCUUCAAUGAGUUCCUGCCACUGUUUGAGGCAAGAUGUUUGGCUGUUACUUAGUUUGUAGUGAUAGAAACUGAAUGUUGGAACUUAAAUGUAGCUUCAUACUAUACUAAAGACUAGUUAGUUGUUUUUUGAGAAUCCUGGAUGUCUUAGUGAAGCAGCUUAGAAUGUGAGUGCAGGAGAUCUAGCAAAGCUUUCCCAAGACCAACAGGGAAAAAACCCCUAGAGUCUGAGCUGAAAAUGUUAUGGCUUGGAGUGUCAAUAAUUCUUUGAAAGUAUGUGUGUGAAGAGCUGGUUUGUAGGAGCUCAGAAGCUGGCCUGUCCUUUCUUUGCAUGUUUCAGCUCCAAAAGGGUAAUUUUGACAGUUGAAAAAUGUUAUUUUUCCCCAGCAUGGUCCAGAGUGGUUUUCAUGGACAUAGUUCCUGCUGCCUUCUGUGAAUGAGUCCCUUGCUUGCUUUUGGAUUAAAACAGACCAGUUCUAUUGCAUGUUGCAAUAAAGUACUUUUCCUGGUGUCCUACUA